AUGUAUGUUUUGCACAUUCAAUAUUACGGAGAUAAGAUCAAACAGAAUGAAAAUAAAUUAAUAUAUUAUGAAGAUUUGCCAAACGCAACACCACAUGAGGAUAAUCUACGUUAUUUUCAAGUGACUAUAGAAGGUCCAGCAGGAUCACCUUACGAAAAUGGUAUAUUUGAUUUAGAAUUAUAUUUACCUGAUGAAUAUCCAAUGGAAGCACCCAAAGUAAGGUUUCUAACAAAAAUUUAUCACCCAAAUAUCGAUAGAUUAGGUCGUAUAUGUCUUGACAUAUUGAAGACUAACUGGUCCCCUGCUCUACAAAUUAGAACUGUUUUAUUGUCUAUCCAAGCCUUGCUGGCUAGUCCAAAUCCCAAUGAUCCUUUAGCCAAUGAUGUAGCUGAAGAUUGGAUCAAAAACGAACAAGGUGCCAAGAAUAAAGCUCGUGAAUGGACCGAAUUAUAUGCACAUAAGAAAAAUUAA